AUGUGAUUGGGGCGGAUGGGGUCCUCCUCUCCGAGGAUGCUGGAGCCUGUCAGGCUGCGGGCGCCCCUUCUCCGCUUCUGCUGCAGAAGAGCCAGGCUGGCUGUUCUGGUGCUGCUCGCGCUGCCGGCGGCCCGGGGUCAAUGCAGUGCCCCAGCAUGGUUACCAUUUGCCAGGCCUGUCAACUUGACUGAUAAGUUAGAGUUUCCUAUUGGGACAUCUUUGAGGUAUCAAUGCCGCCCUGGUUAUUAUGGAAAACAGUUUUCUAUCACCUGCCUCCAAACCUUGGUCUGGACAGAAGCUAAGGACUGGUGUAGGCGUAGACCAUGUGAAACUCCUUCAGAUCCUAUGAAUGGUGUGGUGCAUGUGAUCACAGAUAUCCUGUUUGGAUCCUAUAUCAAUUAUUCUUGUGAUAAAGGAUUCCGUCUCGUGGGACCCUCCUCUGCCGCAUGCAUCAUCUCAGGCAAUACUGUCGCUUGGGAUAACACAGCCCCUGUUUGUCAGAAAAUUUUCUGUAAGCCACCCCCUGCCAUUCCCAAUGGAGAUUUCUUCAGCACCAGCCAAGAAUAUUUUGAAUAUGGACAGGUGGUGACCUAUCACUGCAAACCCGGAAACCCAGGGAAAAGGGUGCUUGUGGGUGAGGCCUCCAUAUAUUGCACCAGCAAUGAUGAUCAAGUCGGCAUCUGGAGUGGCCCUCCCCCUCAGUGCAUUGUACCUAAUAAAUGCACGCCUCCAAAUGUUGAAAAUGGAAUAAUAGCAUCUCAUAACAGGAGCUUAUUUUCCUUAAAUGAAAUUGUGGUAUUGAGUUGUCAGCCUGGCUUUGUCAUGAAAGGACCCAGCAGAGUGAAGUGCCAAGCUCUGAACAAAUGGGAGCCGGAGUUACCCAGCUGCUCCAGGGUAUGUCAGCCACCCCUGGACAUCCUGCAUGGUGCACAUACUCCAAGUGGCAAGGACAACUUCUCCCCUGGGGAGGAAGUGUUCUACAGCUGUGAGCCUGGCUACGACCUCACAGGGGCUGCUUCCCUGCGCUGCACACCCCAGGGAGACUGGAGCCCUGCAGCUCCCAGAUGUGCAGUGAAAUCCUGUGAUGACUUCCGGGGCCAACUUCUUAAUGGCCAUGUUCUAGUUCCACUUAAUCUCCAGCUUGGAGCAAAGAUGUCCUUUGUUUGUGAUGAAGGAUUUCAAUUAAAAGGCAGUUCUGCUAGUCAUUGUGUCCUGGUUGGAAUGGAAAGCCUCUGGAAUGGCAGUGUUCCUGUGUGUGAACGGAUCUUUUGUCCAAGUCCACCAGCUAUUCUUAAUGGGAGACACACAGGAAAACCUGUUGAAGUCUUUCCCUUUGGAAAAGAAGUGACAUAUACAUGCAACCCCCACCCAGAAAUAGGGAUGACCUUCGGCCUCAUUGGGGAUAGCACCAUCCGCUGCACAAGUGACCAUGAAGGGAACGGGAUUUGGAGCAGCCCUGCCCCUCGCUGUGGACUUCUGGGUCACUGUACAACCCCAGAUCAUUUUCAGUUUGCUAAGUUGAGAACCCAAACCAACACAUCCGACUUUCCCAUUGGGACAUCUUUAAAGUAUGUAUGCCGCCCUGGGUACUAUGGAAGGCCCUUCUCUAUCAAGUGUCUAGAAAACCUAGUUUGGUCGAGUCCCAAAGAUGUCUGUAAACGUAGACCAUGUAAAAUGCCUUCAGAUCCUGUGAAUGGCAUCGUGCAUGUGAUCACAGACAGCCAAGUUGGAUCCAGAAUCAAUUAUUCGUGUAACGAAGGGUACCGACUUGUUGGUCACUCAUCUGCUGAAUGUAUCAUCUUGGGCAAUACUGUUGAUUGGGGGACUGAGCCUCCAGUUUGCCAGCGUAUUAUUUGUAAGCCACCCCCAGCCAUCCCCAAUGGAGGUAUCUUCAGCAACAGAGAAUAUUUUGAAUAUGGACAGGUGGUGACCUAUCGCUGCAAACAUAGAAACCCAGAGAAAAUGGUGCUUAAGCUUGUGGGUGAGGCCUCCAUAUAUUGCACCAGCAAUGAUGAUCAAGUCGGCAUCUGGAGUGCCCCCCCGCCUCAGUGCAUUGUACCUGAUAAAUGCACACCUCCAAAUGUUGAAAAUGGAAUGAUAGCAUCUGGUAACAGGAGCUUAUUUUCCUUAAAUGAAAUUGUGGUAUUGAUUUGUCAGCCUGGCUUUGUCAUGAAAGGACCCAGCAGAGUGAAGUGCCAAGCUCUGAACAAAUGGGAGCCAGAGUUACCCAGCUGCUCCAGGGUGUGUCAGCCACCUCCACAAAUCCUGCAUGGAGAGCACAGCCCAAGUGGCAAAGACAACUUCUCCCCUGGGGAGGAAGUGUUCUACAGCUGUGAACCUGGCUACGACCUCAUGGGGGCUGCUUCCCUGUGCUGCACACCCCAGGGAGACUGGAUCCCUGCAGCUCCCAGAUGUGCAGUGAAAUCCUGUGAUAAUUCCUUGGGCCAACUCCCUAAUGGCCGUGUGCUGUUUCCACUUAAUCUCCAGCUUGGAACAAAGGUGUCAUUUGUUUGUGAUGAAGGGUUCCGCUUAAAGGGCAGCCCCACCAGUUACUGUGUCCUGGUUGGAAGGAGAAGCCUUUGGAACAGCAGUGUUCCUGUGUGUGAACAAAUCUUUUGUCCAGAUCCUCCAGCUAUCCUUCAUGGGAGACACACAGAAACUCCUCUGGGAAAUAUUCCCUAUGGAAGAGAAAUAUCCUACAUGUGUGACUCACACCCAGACAGAGGGGCGACCUUCAACCUCAUUGGGACAAGCACCAUCCGCUGCACGAGUGACAGUCAAGGGAAUGGGAUUUGGAGUAGCCCCGCCCCUCGCUGUGAGCUUUCUGUUGCUGCUGGAAAAUCAUGUGGAACUCCUCCAGAACCCUUCAAUGGAAUGGUGCACAUAAACACAGAUACCCAAUUUGGAGCAAUAGUUAAUUAUUCUUGUAAUGAAGGGUAUCGACUCAUUGGUUCCCCAUCUACUGUUUGUAUCCUCUCGGGCAAUAAUGUCACAUGGGAUAAAGAGGCACCUAUUUGUGAGAGUAUAUCCUGUGAGCCGCCUCCAGCCAUAACCAAUGGCGACUUCUACAGCAACAAUAGAACAUUUUUUCAUCAUGGAGCAGUGGUCACUUACCGGUGUCACACUGGGCCAGAUGGAGAAAAGCUGUUUGACCUCAGGGGAGAACAGUCAAUAUACUGCACCAGCAAAGAUAAUCAAGUUGGUGUAUGGAGUAGCCCUCCCCCGCGGUGUGUUUCUGCUAAUAAAUGCACAGUUCCAGAAGUUGAAAAUGGAAUUAGAGUAUCUGGAAAUAGGAGUUCAUUUUCCCUCCAUGAGAGGGUGACAUUUAGAUGCCAGCCUGGCUUUGUCAUGAAAGGGUCUGACACCGUGCAGUGCCAGACCAACAACAGCUGGGGACCUGAGCUGCCACGCUGCUUCAGGGUGUGUCAGCCACCCCCAGGAAUCCUGCAUGGUGCACAUACCCCAAGUGACAAGGACAACUUCUCACCUGGGGAGGAAGUGUUCUACAGCUGUGAGCCUGGCUACGACCUCACAGGGGCUGCUUCCCUGCACUGCACACCCCAGGGAGACUGGAGCCCUGCAGCUCCCAGAUGUGCAGUGAAAUCCUGUGAUGACUUCCGGGGCCAACUCCCUAAUGGCCAUGUUUUAGUUCCACUUAAUCUCCAGCUUGGAGCAAAGGUGUCCUUUGUUUGUGAUGAAGGGUUCCAGUUAAAAGGCAACUCAGUUAGUCACUGUAUCUUGGCUGGAAUGAAAAGCCUUUGGAACAGCAGCGUUCCCACGUGUGAACAAAUCUUUUGUCCAGAUCCUCCAGCUAUCUCUCAUGGGAGACACACAGUAACUCCUCUGGGAAAUAUUCCGUAUGGAAAAGAAGUAUCCUACAUAUGUGACUCACACUCAGACAGAGGGGUGACCUUUGACCUCAUCGGGGCAAGCACCAUCCGUUGCACGAGUGACAGUCAAGGGAACGGGAUUUGGAGCAGCCCUGCUCCUCGCUGUGAGCUUUCCAUUCCUGUUGCAUGCCCACAUCCACCCAAGAUCCAGAAUGCACAUCUCAUUGAAGGGCAUGUAUCUCUGUAUCUUCCUGGGAUGAUAGUCAGCUACACUUGUGUCCAUGGCUACCAAUUGGUGGGAAAGGCCUUCAUUUUUUGCACAGACCAGGGAACCUGGAGCCAUUUUGAUCAUUAUUGUAAGGAGGUAAAUUGUAGCCUCCCACAGUUUAUGAAUGGAAUCCGGAAGGAGCUGGAAAUGAGAAAAGUAUACCACUAUGGAGAUAAAGUAACUUUGGAGUGUGAAGAUGGAUAUACUCUGGAAGGCAGUCCCUGGAGCCAGUGCCAGGCAGAUGACAGAUGGGACCCUCCUCUGGCCAUAUGUACAUUUCGCCAACGUAAUGCUGUCAUAGUUGGCAUGUUCUUUGGUCUGACCUUCUUCAUUUUAGUCAUCAUUGUUCCCUGUGUGAUAAUUCUAAAUCGCAGAAAGCGCAAUAAUACAGAGGAAAAAUCGGAAGAAGUGAUUAUCCAGUUAUAUCCUCAGAAGCACCAGAGUGAUCAUCCUCAAACUCCGCAAACUAAUCAAGAAAAUAGCAGCAACAUAAGGAAUGACUAUGGAAACAAGGAGGAUCACUGGAGCCCAGGAGUUUGAGGCUUCAGUGAGCUAUGAUCACAUCACUGCACUGCAGCCUGGGCAACAGAAUGAGAUACUGUCUUAAAAAUUUAUUUUAUUUUUUUUUUUUGAAGACUAAUCCUCCCCAUUCCCUACAAAAACUGGGCAAAUGACCCAUACCCAGCUCACCAAGAAGGAAGGGCAAGUAGCCAAGAAUAUAUGAAAAGAUAUUCAAUCAUAGGAUUUUUGCUCAAAUAUCUUAUUUAGGGGGAUUAUGAAGAAGUAACCUGUGAAGGAAGACUAGAAACUAAAUGCUUGAGAAUUGGUCUUUCCUAGGAUUAAAAUUCCCCAUCACAAGAAAAAAAAAAUCUAUGUUCUUUUUUUCCAGAAUGGUGUAGGUCAGUGAGCAAUAUGAUUAAUAAAUAUUGGUGUCUGUGACUUUUUAAGUGCAAGAGAGCCAUGAGAUUUUUUUCCCAUUACAUUAGUUAUCAUGGGAAAUACUCCACAUGUUAUGCCACCUAUGGGUAAAAUACUAUCUUUUCUAACUUUACUUGUAUUAUUAAGCAAUUCUAUUAAUCUCUGCCUUUAUAUUUUCAUCUGGAAAGCAGAGGCUACAUCAAUUGCUCUUCAAAGCUAUUCCUAGUGCUAGUAUGCUAACAUUGUUUAGUUUUCCUUUUUUUUUUUUUCAGAGACAGAGUUUCACUUUAUCGCUAUGGUAGAGUGCUGUAGCAUCACAGCUCACAGCAACCUCCAACUCCUGGGUUUAGGCGAUUCCCUUGCCUAAGGGAAUCCCUACUUGUCCCAAGUAGCUGGGACUACAGGCACCGGCCACAAUGCCCGGCUAUUUUUGUUGUUGUUGUUGCAAUUUAGCUAGGGGCAGGUUUGAACCUGCCACCCUCAGUACAUGGGGCUGGCGCCCUUGUUUUCCUUUCUUAAAUGUGACGUGUAAUUAAAGUCUAUGACCUUUAAAUGAAAUUUUCGGUCUCCACCAUUAUAAUGACAAAUGAAUAAAGGACUUUAUCUCUGCAAAUAUAAUUAUAGAAUAAAGUUUGUUACAUAUUUGCCUUUUUAAAGCCCUAAAAAAAACCAAGAGGAAAGAAUAAAUAUCCAUUCAUUUUGAGAAAUGCUUUUCUUGAUUGUUUACAGAAUCCCUGUGUUAGGUGCAGCAUGCCACAUUAAUGCUCUUGAUUGUAACAGGAAAGAGAAUCAGACACAGCUAAACAGGAAAGUCAGUUGCCUCACAGAUGCUUACUAGGUGCAAAUAGAGCCCCAUUCAUGCUGCUACACCUACUUCUGAAAAGCAUAAUGUAAAUACAGUCUUCCAGUUUAGGAGGUAAGGAAUCAUCUAAUAUUAAAUUUUUAAAAGGUUGGCCAUGAUUUAAAUGACAUCCCCACACAUUGACCUCCACCCCCACUACCCUUCAUAAAGCCUUAAAGGCAACUUACACAUAGUUCUAAACUUGGUCCAUAAACACAUGUAGCCUCCCUUUUCUCCUUUCUUCUCUUUGGCAGUUUGAUAAAAUCUGUAGCAGGAGUUGGAGGAACUGCAAAUUAAUCUACUUCACUCAAAGCCUUGACUCUUGAGUUCUACACCUGUCAGGGCCCCAGGAAGUUCACUCUUAACAGUCUCCCUUGGAACUGAGUCAUUAAAAGGAUCUCAAAGAUAAGGGAUAAGCAAUAGCUGCACUUCACAAAUAAGCUUGCCGUGUUCAAUUUAAGAAAGUUUUCUAGGCAGACAGAUGUAGCUCAUUCCUUUUAGAGACAAAUCCUGCUUUGUUUCCUAGUGCUUAACAUUAUUAAAAUCAAAAUCUCUCAGAACUUUAACAGUAUUUAGUAAAUUCAUGCUGGGGGGAAAUGGCAAACGCAUUUUAUAUACACAUGAUAGCAAGAACAAUUUAUUUCAUACAAUAUUUACCAGGUAUUCAUUGUGUACCUAUUACAGAUUUUGGCACUAGAAAUACUGUAAAACAAUUGUAUCACUGCCUCAUGGAACUUGUCUAGAAAAAUAAGGAACAAGAUCAGAAUUUUUCAAAUGGAGUCUCAGUUGGGUCAACUUAAAAUAAGUGUUAGAAAUUGAACGUAGAAGUCUUCCAGUAUAUUAAGAAUGGCUUGAUGAAGCCCAGUGAUAGAAAUUUCUAAUUGAUAGUUCAAAUAACAUACUAAUCUUUGAUCUAAUCUAGCACCUGAAUCAAGAAACCAAACACUAGACAUAUUUUUCCCCUGUUUUACAUUUUUUCACAAGAGAAAUUUUUCUUCUAAGCCUUGGAAUUUUUCAUAUUUAUUGUUGCAGAGAACAAUAUUAAUGGAUUAUUUUUACAAAUAAGCAUCAACAUUGAGCCACAGAACAUGUCCAUCAUAUCACUCUUUCACAUGUAUAAGCAUUAGCAGAAAUAAUAAUUCCCCAAGUUCCUAUUUACUGUCUCCUUUAAUUAUACCUUCAUAAUUAUACCAUAAUUGUCAUAUCUGGACUUGAUAUGUCAUAUCUGGAAUAUCUGGACUUGAUAAUCCAAGAAACUAAGGUAUUUAUUUCAUAUGUCACCUUCUUACUUAAUGUCUUAUAUUCUCUGCCAACACUUUAAAAUUUUGUAUUGGUCUGACAGGAAGAGGAAAUCCCAUGGUUUGAUGAACCCCGUAAGUCUUCAAUAACAUCUCAGGUGUAGAGCUGUAUUGAAGAUACAUAAAUUCUAUAAUUCCGGAAGACCCAUUUGAGGUUUAUACUGUGAGCCUCCCUUUCCUCACCAUCCUCUCACACCUAAACCUCGUGUAAUACUAUAUAUGUACAAGUUUCUACCUCCAUCAUUCUGUGAGCAAAACAGCCCUUGGUACACAUACAUAGGCUGGAUUUUAAAACUGUUUUUCUUUGCCUUAUUCUAAAUGUAACAUAGGGUUAAUAUAGAAAACUAAAAAGUACAGAGAAAAUAAAAUAUCUAUAAUCUUAUCAAUUAUUGUUGAUUUUGUUGUAUUUCCAACUAGUCAUUUUUUUUAUGUGUACUAUGUAUCAUCAAUAUCAUACUUUUGAUUUAAUAAAAAGAAUGCUA